UUAGCUUUGCAGAAACUAUUUCAUAGUAUAGUGGUGGAGGUAAUAAUAUAAACAAUUUUUUUUUGUAUUUGAUGAAUGUGCGAACAGCAAGGACCACACAAGCCUCUCCUUGCAGUCUAAAAAGCCAUAUUGCUCGUCUGGAUGUGCACGUACAAAGAAGAUUAUAGGAAACUUUAUAAGUGGUUGUAAUGAACCCUGAAAGCCCUAACAGUCUCGCGACACCGCAAGGAGCUUUGCAAGAAUCUAAUACUGAUUAUGAAUUUCUUAGAUCCGAUUCAAUUUCUUAUGAUGCAAGGGGAAUCGACGAUCAAAACGAAAAAGUCCAAGAACUUAAGAACACCAUUAAAAAGUUAAGAUGCAAAGAAAGAGAUACUGCAGAAAAAAUAGUUAAACUAAAUGAGAAGUCACUUGAAUAUGAAUGCAAGUUGAAAGAGAAAGAUGAUAAAAUCGCCAAGCUGGAAUCGCUAAUAAAACUGAAAGAAAAGAAAGGAAUUCGAAUCGAAAGACUUCCUGGCCUCGAAGACUUUGAAGCUGCUUUCGAGGACCUUCCUUUUGCUGGUCCAGAAUGGAUGGUAAUCCAGCGUCGUAUUGAUGGAACGGUAUCCUUCAAUUCGUUCACAUUUAUGCAUUCUUUUUGGCUUCCAAAUGGACUUGGAAAUCAUGAAGGAGAAUUCUGGCUUGGUUGCGGGACUUUGCAUAAGUUGACCUCAAGUCGUAGAUAUGAAUUGUACAUUGAGCUUGUCGAUUUUGAUAAUCAUACGGGUUUUGCUAGAUAUGACAACUUUGUGGUUGGAAGCGAAAAUGUAGACUACGCUUUAAAGUCCCUAGGUGCAUACCCGGGAAGCGCAGGCGACGCGAUGUCAGGUUCUGUGAAUGAAAAAUUUAAGCACUGUGAGCGUCACUAUGCCGAUUUGAAGAAAGUGUGGCCUUGGUGGGCCAAGUCUCAAUGGUAAUUGUAUAAACCAUUAUCGAAAGAUCCAUUCUUUGACAAGUUACAUUUGUUUUAGUAAUCUAAAUGGAGUUUACCAUAGUUACAAGACCGAUUUGGCAGACAAAAGUGGUAUUUGGUGGGGUAAAAGCAAUAUGGGCAAAAGAUGUUUUCUCAAAACAUGUAAAAUGCUUAUCAGGCCCUAUCUUACUAUAUGACGUGCCGACUAUACUUUUACUGAAGCACAAUUUUAGAUUAUUUGUAUGAAAUCACGAUGUUGAACAGUACUUUACAUUUUGGAUAUACUGUCGAAUGAAAACAAUAUAAAACAAAAACACCUCUUAGCAAGGUAAAAAUCUAGUGACGAUCGCACCUUCAACAAACAAAAGUUCUGAUAUCAACUGGGACGAAAAUGUAUUACAUGAACUACCAAAUAAAUAUACUUUCUAAAUUUUGUACA